CAGAGAUACGUUCGCAAAACAAUUUCUGGCUUUACGUCCAAAUGAGUUUUUAAUUAACUAUCUUGGCUUAAAACUAGGAUGUAGAUUCUCUCUCAAUUAUUUUGACAAAGAGGUGAUCGCGCAGUUGGCUAAACUGUGGAUUAACAAACUAGGGUAAAUCGAAAUUGAUAUACUACAAGGACUUCAAGAUUAGCCUCUCCGAUUCCUCCAGAUAAUUGAGCAUCCUUCAAAAUGCAACGCGUAAAGUAUGCCGACAGCGGCGUUUUCAGUUGCUCACAAACCCGCGGUUUACCGGGAUUACCUCCCUUACCGCCAUCUCACGAAACACCUUCAGAAUUAUAUCAGAUCGUGUUACGUCAUAGUGAGCACCCCCCUAUAAUGAAGGACCCUUCCUGGACAAGAGCAGCACCCUUCAAAGAGACAGCUCAUGCUAGAACACCCAGUGAAUCAAUUGGUAAUAACUACACUCCAACAGCAAGCAGCUUGAAGAUUAGAAAUUUAGCAAAAGUACAGCCUCCAGCCAGACUGCCUUCAAGAAUACCAGCUCAGCAAGGUUCCAAAGAACCAACAUCACCCAGGAGAAGGCCUGUUGUGCCAGGUCCACAUGCCAGAAGUAAAUCAGAAGGAGAAAAACUUCUAUUACCUCCUAGCCGGGCCAUGACUCCAGCAGAACAGUUGGAUAUUAUAAGAUCUUGUGAGGUUGUAGAAAGUAUGGAUGAAGGGGCAGUCUCAAAGCGUGACUUAGAGCGUUAUAAGUACUACAUUUCUCGUGGAGUACCAGAUCACUCCCUUGCAGCACAGGAUCAAGAAGUAAUGGAGAGAAUAGUUCAAAAAAGAAUCCCUGAUAAACUGGCAAGAAAUAGUGAACUUGAUCCUCUUAUUACAAAACUCAAACAAGAAGUUGGCGGAGACUAUGACUUCAGUGUCCGCAAAUCUAUUGUUGACUAUAUUCUGAUGGAUCCCAGUGAAAGACAAAGACUGCACAUCAAAGAAAUACCAAAACCUUUUCCUCAGAGGACUGUAAGAGCUCCUGUUCCAUGGCACAAUUCUUAUCGAACAGCAAAAGAGGCCUGUACAAAGAACUUGUUUAUCACCAACCCAGUGAUGAUGAAGAUUCAGAACCUCUGGUAUGACAGUUUCUCCGAGGUGCGUUUUGUUGAUGGAGACAAGCUACUUGCAUCAGGGCUUCCUGUUACACCAACAGAGUUUGAAUCUCUUGUAAAACAGCAGUGUGCAAAGACAAGAGAAUUCCUAAAAAGAAAAUGGAUUCCAGCAUGUGCCAAAAUCCUUAUUGAACAACGUCAGGAGUGGAUGCACUUAGUACCAAGUUCUGAGGGUGAAUCUACUGCUCUUGUGGAGCAGUUCUUUGCGUGUCUUGCUGCCCUUAUGUCAACACAGCUUCGAAGUUUAGUCAUCAAUUCCCUUGCAGACUUUGUCAGUUUUUUAAGCAUGUACAAGGAUGGGAAUGACUUUGAAGAUAAUUACUCAGACCUGCAAUAUGUCAUGAAGGAGAUUAUGAUCAUUCAGCUGAAAAUUGACAGUGGAAAGUUGACGUUUGACCCUCCAUUCAGAGAGCUACGGGAUAUCUUGCUCAGAUUGUUGACAGACAUUGUUCAAAAUGCAGAAGAUCUGCCGAGAGUUGAAAUUGAACUGUUUCCUGACAUGAAAGACAAAAGGCUGUUUUUGUGCUCUGUACAUGUUGAUGAAGCUCUUGUUCAGGACUACAUGAAUCAAGCUGUAGACAUCUUUAAGCUCAACACCGUUGGACCUCAAAAGUAUCUCAAUACAUACAAGAAAUAUCAGGACUUACUGAACAACAAGGCUGACACAGAGAUCAACACUUUCAUUCAAGAUGAGCCCGUUUUGUUGGCUUUAUCCAAGAAAAUUGAUUCCUACCUGAAUCUCUCCAAAGAGAUUGCCUCCUUGCACAUCACUGUUCCUCUUAACAUGCUCUGUUUGAAUUGUGAUGAUGUCAACCAGGAGCUGUCUGCCCGUGCUGUGAGACUAGCCGACAGAAUGAUACAGUAUGUUGUGGAUCAGAACAGGGACAAAAAUAGAGGGUUGUGUAAAUCCUAUGACGAGAUAUCGGACAAAGUGCAAGAGAUGCCAGAUAAUACAAGUGACUUGGUAGCACUGACCCACUACUUGGAGAAUGCUAGCUCUGUUACUGUUGUCAACUUACAGACCGCCGUUGAUGAGGCUGGAGAGAGACUGCUAUUUUUACUUGAUUAUGCCACACUUCCAUAUGAAGACCUAAAAUUGAACAGCACUGUAUUUCACUGGCCGGAACAUAUUCAGAAGAUCUUUGAGCUCAGCAGGAACCGAAUAGGACACAGAAAGGAUCUGGCUAUGGAUGAAGUCAAAAGAAAGGUCAAGGCAUUUGAAGAUAAACUUCAUGGGUACAACAAGGAAGUUGAAGCCUUUAGGAAGAAAGAGAUCAUGGCUGCUGAUGAGAUGAAAAAGAAUGUUGAGAAGCUCGAUGAGCUUGAGGAAUCACUGAAAAACGCGCAGGAGGAAUUGAUUCAAUUAAAUACUGAGGAAGAAUUACUGGAAUUUGAGGCCACACAGUUCCCAAUACUUCAAGCAAUGGUUGCAUACAAAGAACCCUACGACAAACUGUGGAGGACAACACUGUCAUUCCACAACAAGAAUGAAGCUUGGCUGAAUGGUCCAUUUACGGACAUAAAUGCAGAGGAGGUCGAGGAGGAAAUUGGUGGCAUGUACAGAACAGCAUUGAAACUAACCAAGACAUUUAGUGACGCUCCAGGUCCCAGACGAGUGGCUGACAGUGUCAAGAGUAAGGUGGACAAGUUCAAAGUUCACAUUCCAUUGUUGCAGAUCAUUUGUAAUCCUGGAUUGAGAGAACGACAUUGGGAGCAGAUGAGCGAAGUUGUCGGGUUUAACAUCAAACCCGAGCCAACAACGUCCCUCUGUAAUAUGCUGGAAUACAAUCUUCACAAGUUCACUGAAAAACUUGAUGAGAUAAGUGGCGCGGCCAGUAAGGAGUUUGGCUUGGAGAAAACUAUGGAGAAAAUGAAGGUUGAAUGGAAAGAUAUGUACUUUGAACUCACUCCUUACAGAGACACGGGUGUGUCAAUCCUGUCAGCUGUGGAUGAUAUUCAGUUGUUGCUUGAUGAUCAUAUCGUCAAGGCUCAAACCAUGAGUGGUUCCCCAUUUAUCAAACCCUUUGAGGCAGACAUCAAGGAAUGGUGCGAAAGGCUCAUUGAAAUGCAAGAUAUCAUUGAUGCAUGGCUCAAGUGUCAGGCCACAUGGUUGUACUUGGAGCCGAUUUUUAGUUCAGAGGAUAUCAUGGCACAGAUGCCCGAGGAGGGAAGAAAGUUUGGAAUUGUAGACAGCUACUGGAAAGACAUCAUGACAGAAGCGGGAAAAGACACACAAGUGCUUAUGGCUACGGCGCAGCCUAACAUGUUGGGAAGACUGAACGAGGCUAACCAACUGCUCGAGGAGAUUCAGAAGGGUCUCAAUGCUUAUCUGGAGAAGAAACAGCUCUUCUUUCCGAGGUUUUUCUUCUUGUCAAAUGACGAGUUGUUGGAGAUCUUAUCAGAAACCAAAGAUCCUCUUCGAGUACAGCCGCAUCUGAAGAAAUGUUUUGAAGGAAUUGCAAGACUUGAGUUCACAGAGGAUCAGGAAGUGGUGGGAAUGAUCAGUGCAGAGAAUGAAACUGUUCCAUUCUCCACCAAAAUCAUCCCAGCCAAAGCUAAGGGAAUGGUGGAGAAGUGGCUGAUUCAAGUUGAAGAAGUCAUGAUCAACAGUCUCAAGAAAGUCACAGAAGAUGCUGUAAAUGCCUAUAACCAGACUCCCCGGGGCAAGUGGGUCCAAGAGUGGCCUGGGCAGAUCAUUUUGGCAUGUAGCGGUAUAUUUUGGACUUCCGAAGUAUCACAAGCCUUGCUGGAGAAAGAUGGGUUGAAGGAUUACCUUGCCAAGUCUAAUUCUCAAAUUGAAACCAUUGUUGCCCUUGUCCGAGGGAAACUGGAUUCUGGUAUCAGGAUCACGCUUGGCGCGCUCACUGUAAUUGAUGUGCAUGCUCGUGAUGUGGUGGCAAAGAUGUACCAAGAUGGAGUCAACAGUGCAAAUGAUUUCCAGUGGCUGUCACAGCUUAGAUAUUACUUUGAAGAUAGGAAGACCAUAGUGCGAAUGAUAACAACCAGUAUUGACUAUGGAUAUGAAUACCUUGGUAACAGUGGUCGUUUGGUGAUCACACCUCUCACAGACAGAUGUUACAGAACUCUGAUGGGCGCCAUUAAACUCAAUCUUGGUGGCGCUCCCGAGGGGCCUGCUGGGACAGGUAAAACCGAAACCUGCAAGGAUCUGGCUAAGGCUGUGGCAAAACAGUGCGUGGUUUUCAAUUGUUCUGACGGCCUCGACUACAAAGCCAUGGGUAAAUUCUUCAAAGGAUUAGCGCAGGCGGGGUGUUGGGCCUGUUUUGACGAGUUCAACAGAAUCGAACUUGAGGUGUUAUCUGUAGUAGCGCAACAGAUUCAUACGAUUCAGAAAGCCAUUGCAGACAGAAAGGCGAAGUUUAUCUUCGAAGGAACAGAACUUGUUCUCAAUCCAACGUGCACAAUGUUUAUCACGAUGAACCCUGGCUAUGCAGGGCGGCAGGAGCUUCCCGAUAAUCUCAAGGUUCUUUUCCGCACUGUGGCGAUGAUGGUUCCUGACUAUGCAUUAAUCAGUGAAAUCUCCCUCUAUUCCAUGGGAUUCUUGGACGCAAGAAGUUUGGCACAGAAGAUCGUAGCUACGUAUCAGCUGUGUUCAGAACAGCUCUCGUCCCAGUCUCAUUAUGACUAUGGCAUGAGGGCUGUUAAGUCUGUGCUUACUGCUGCUGGGAAUCUCAAGCUUCGUUAUCCAGACGAUGAUGAAGGGGAGCUUAUGUUAAGAGCUGUAUUGGAGGUCAAUCUUGCCAAGUUCUUGGCACAGGAUGUGCCUCUGUUCGAAGGAAUCAUCUCGGACUUGUUUCCCGGCACUAGUUGGCCCAACCCCGACUACGGAGUUUUGAUGGACGCUCUCAGAGAGAACUGCAAGAUUCGUAAUUUACAGGCGACAAAGUGGUUCCUUAAGAAAAUCAUUCAGGUUUACGAGAUGAUGAUCGUCAGACAUGGUUUUAUGAUAGUUGGAGAUCCACUCGGAGGAAAGACAAUGGCGUUCAAGGUGCUGUCUGAUGCGAUGUCAGAUCUCAACAAAGCAGGAUAUCCGUAUCAAAAGGUGAUUUACAAGAUCAUCAAUCCAAAGUCUAUAAGCAUGGGUGAAUUGUAUGGCUGCUUUGACCCAGUCUCCCAUGAGUGGUCAGAUGGUGUUCUAGCCAACUCUUUUAGAGAGCACGCGUCGUCCACUACAGAGGACAGGAAAUGGUUGAUCUUUGAUGGGCCAGUAGAUGCUGUGUGGAUCGAGAACAUGAAUACUGUGUUAGACGACAACAAGAAAUUAUGUUUGAUGAGUGGUGAAAUCAUCCAAAUGAACAACAAACAGAGUUUGAUAUUUGAGCCCGCAGACCUGGAGCAAGCUUCUCCUGCUACAGUCAGUCGCUGUGGUAUGAUCUACCUUGAACCUCACCAACUUGGCUGGGAACCACUGAUGGAUUCUUACAUGAACACGCUUCCUAAGAGCUUGAAUGCGGAGCAUUUGGAAACCAUCAGGGCCUUGUUCAUGUGGCUUGUACAUCCAUGUUUGUCCUUUCUCCGCCGCGAGUGCAAGUUUUUCAUCAAUACGUCCAACAUGCAUCUUGUGAAUUCCUUUAUGAAUCUGUACACGUGUUUGUUGGAUGAAAUCGCUAUGCAAGAUCAAGCUGAAGGCGCUGACAGAAUGUCAAGCUCACAGAUCACCAGCUGGCUCCAGUGUCUGUUUAUCUUUGCCAUGGUUUGGUCCAUUGGCGGCACUAUAAACGGCGACAGUCGCAAGAAGUUUGACGCAUUUUUCAGAUUGCUGAUCAGCGGAACGGAUAAAGAUCACCCCAAACCUAACAACAUUAAGAUGACUAAGCAAAAUGUGUUUCCUGAUCGUGGAACUGUUUACGACUUUUAUUUCGUGAAACAAGCCAGUGGCUCGUGGAACAACUGGAUUGAAAGGGUAGACAAAGCUAAAACUGCCAUUCCAAAGGAUGCAAAGGUCAGCGAGCUGAUGAUUCCUACAGAUGAAACUGCUCGGCAGAUGUUUUUCUUGGAAGCUUUCCUCACUCAUGGGAAGCCAUUGCUGUUUAUUGGUCCCACGGGAACAGGAAAGUCCGCCAUCACUAACAACUACAUCGUUAGGAUGCCCAAAGAAAAGUAUCUUCCAAUCAACAUAAACUUCUCAGCGCGAACCAGUGCAGGUCAAACUCAGGACAUCAUUAUGGCUAAGCUAGACAGGCGUCGCAAGGGAGUGUACGGUCCACCUCCUGGUAAGAAAUGUGUUGUGUUUGUGGAUGAUCUCAACAUGCCGUCUAAGGAGAAGUAUGGUGCCCAGCCCCCCAUUGAGUUGUUGAGACAGUGGCAGAAUCAUUCUCACUGGUAUGACCGCAAGGAUACAUCCAAAUUGGAACUUAUGGAUAUGCUGUUCGUGUCAGCAAUGGGACCUCCAGGUGGUGGCCGUAAUGACAUCUCUGAUCGAUUUACACGCCAUAUGAAUAUCAUAUCUAUUGACUCAUUUGAUGAUAACACUAUGACUAAGAUAUUCACCUCCAUUGUGGACUGGCACUUUGCUAAGGGAUUUGACUCUUCCUUCGGAAGACUGGGAAAGAUCCUUGUUCAAGCAACAAUGCAGGUAUACAAGUCUGUCGUGGAGAAAUUCCUUCCCACCCCUAGCAAGUCACACUAUGUCUUUAACCUGCGUGAUUUCGCGCGCGUCGUGUUUGGAGUACUCCUCGUUCCCUCCACACACCUUCAAGAGGGGGAUAAGUUGAUUCGACUGUGGAUCCACGAAGUGUACCGAGUGUUUUACGAUCGGCUAAUCGACAACAACGAUCGAGUGAUGUUCUUUGAGAUGAUGAAAGAGACAACUAAACAGCAGUUUAAGAAAGACAUGGAUGGCUUACUGGACCACAUCGUGCCAACAGGACAGAAACUCAAGGAUGAUCAUAUCAGGAGUUUAUUUUUUGGUGACUACAUGGUCCCCGAUAGCGCUGAACGAAUCUAUGAUGAAGUCACCGAUUUAACACUGUUAACUCAACAAAUGGAAGGAUACCUAGAUGAGUUUAAUCAGAUGAGCAAGACGCCGAUGUCUCUUGUGAUGUUCAAGUUCGCCAUUGAGCACAUCUCGCGAGUAGCUCGCGUAUUGAAACAAGACAAUGGACACUGUCUACUCGUCGGUAUUGGCGGAAGUGGUCGUCAAAGUGCAACCCGUUUGGCUACAUUCAUGGCGGACUAUGAUCUUUUCCAAAUUGAGAUAACUAGAAACUACACGAAGAAUGAAUGGAGAGAGGACGUCAAAAAGAUGCUGAUCAAAGCCGGGGUGGACGGAAAGCAGACAGUGUUCCUGUUCAGUGACAAUCAAAUUAAGGAAGAGUCAUUUGUGGAGGAUAUCAAUAUGAUUCUGAAUACUGGUGAUGUUCCAAACAUCUUUCCCGCAGAUGAGAAGGCGGACGUUAUUGAAAAGAUGCAAACUGUGGCCAGAGUAGAGGGCCGUAAAAUCGACGCUACCCCGCUGGCGAUGUACAACUUCUUUAUCGAGCGAGUCCGUGCGAAUCUUCAUGUGGUAUUGGCUAUGAGUCCCAUUGGUGAUGCUUUCAGAAGCCGAAUGCGAAUGUUUCCUUCACUCAUCAACUGUUGUACUAUCGACUGGUUCCAGGCAUGGCCGGAAGACGCACUGGAGAUGGUGGCCAACAAAUUUCUUGAAGAAGUGGACAUGGCCCACGAAGUUCGUAAAAAAUGUGUGUACAUGUGCAAGUAUUUCCAUGAGAGUGUCAGAGAAUUAUCAGACAGCUUUUACGACUCUCUAAGACGCCGUAAUUACGUCACGCCUACGUCUUAUCUUGAACUCAUCAUGACGUUCAAGAAACUCUUGGACAUCAAACGACAAGAAAUAAUGACACUCAAACAGCGUUACGUCACAGGUUUGGAGAAGUUGGACUUCGCUUCCUCCCAAGUAUCCGUCAUGCAACAAGAGCUCAGUGAUCUGCAACCAGAGCUCAUCAAGACCUCAGCGGAAACGGAAAAACUGAUGGUAAAAAUUGAACAGGAUACUGUUGAAGUUGAAGCCAAGAAAGAGGUUGUAGCAGCUGACGAGGCAGUAGCCAGUGAAGCAGCUGCUGUAGCAAAAGGAAUAAAGGAGGAAUGCGAGAGUGAUUUGGCAGAAGCCAUGCCGGCGCUAGAGGCGGCCAUGCAGGCCCUGAACACACUCAAACCAAGCGACAUUAGCAUGGUUAAAACCAUGAAGAACCCACCUGCUGCAGUGAAACUGGUCAUGGAAGCUGUAUGCAUCAUGAAAGGCCUUAAACCCGAAAGAAAACCUGAUCCCUCGGGCUCGGGACGAAUGGUAGAAGACUACUGGGGACCUUCUCAGAAGAUGCUGGGAGACAUGAAAUUUUUGGAGUCUUUGAAAGUUUACGACAAGGAUAACAUUCCAGCAGCCAUUAUUAAAAAGAUCAGAGAUAAAUAUGUAACUAAUCCUGAUUUUGACCCCAAUAACAUUCGCUCAGUCUCCUCAGCUUGCGAAGGAUUAUGUAGAUGGGUUCGCGCUAUGGAAGUUUACGAAAGAGUUGCGAAGGUUGUCGCACCCAAGAAGAUAAAGCUUGCUGAAGCAGAGGCCGAACUUUCCGUGCAAAUGGAGAAAUUAAACGCCAAGCGAGCUCAGCUGAAAGAGGUUGUCGAUAAACUUCAAGCGCUGAAUGACGAAUUUGACGCGAUGACCAACAAGAAGAAGGAAUUGGAGGCCAACAUUCUGAUCUGCGAGCAGAAGCUGGACCGAGCGGAAAAACUGAUUGGAGGACUGGGAGGCGAGAAAGACCGCUGGACGGAAGCAGCGCGGGUGCUGGGUGAGAGAUAUGACAGGAUCACUGGUGAUGUACUUCUGUCUUCAGGGGUAGUGGCAUACCUGGGCCCUUUCACAGUCGACUUUAGGAACGACUGUAUAUUCAGUUGGGUAGAACAAUGCAAUGUUAAAAAGAUCCCAUGUUCGGAAUCGUUCUCUCUGAAUGCGACUCUUGGUAGCCCAGUAAAGAUUCGCGCGUGGAACAUUGCUGGUCUUCCUGUGGAUUCCUUCUCAGUUGACAACGGCAUUGUUGUGGAUAAUGCACGAAGAUGGCCGCUUAUGAUAGACCCUCAAGGUCAAGCCAAUAAAUGGAUCAAGAACAUGGAGAAGGAAAACAAACUAUCCGUGAUCAAACUUUCUGACUCAAAUUACAUCCGUACCCUGGAAAACAGUAUUACGUUUGGUACGCCAGUGUUGAUGGAAAAUGUUGGAGAAGAAUUGGAUCCCAUACUUGAGCCUUUACUUCUAAAACAGACAUUCAAACAAGGCGGCGUGGAGUACCUCAAACUCGGCGAAAACAGCAUCGAGUAUUCACGUGACUUCCGAUUUUACAUCACCACGCGCCUGCGUAAUCCGCAUUACCUGCCGGAAAUCUCCGUCAAGGUGACACUUGUGAACUUCAUGAUCACCCCCCUGGGUCUGGAAGAUCAAUUGCUGGGGAUUGUAGCCGCUAAAGAGAAACCUGAACUUGAGGAAAAGAAGAAUCAGCUUAUUUUGGAAAGUGCUGCAAAUAAAAAACAGCUCAAAGAAAUCGAAGAUAAGAUUCUAGAGGUCUUGUCGUCGUCUGAGGGAAAUAUCUUGGAGGAUGAAACCGCAAUCAAAAUCCUUUCUUCGUCUAAAGUUCUUUCCGAAGAAAUCUCUGCCAAGCAGGAAAUCGCCACGGCAACAGAAAAAGAAAUAGACGAGACACGUAAUGGCUACAAGCCUGUCGCAGUACACUCGUCUAUAUUGUUCUUCUGCAUCUCGGACCUGGCUAAUAUUGAGCCUAUGUACCAGUACUCACUCGCUUGGUUUAUUAACCUGUACCUUCAGUCUAUCAGCAACAGCCGUCCUUCAGCUGACUUGGAAGAAAGAAUCGAAAAUUUGAACGAUCACUUUACGCACAGCGUUUACUCCAACGUGUGCCGCUCACUGUUUGAGAAGGACAAGCUGUUGUUUUCCAUUACUCUGACCAUCGGCAUCUUGACGGGAAGGGGUAAAGUUGAUGAUCGAGUUUGGAGAUUUCUGUUAACUGGAGGUGUUGCUUUGGAAAACCCAUUCCCAAACCCGUGCUCAGAGUGGUUGAGCGAGAAAGCCUGGUCCGAGAUCGUGAGGGCCUCCGAUCUACCCAACCUAAAUGGACUCAAAGACAGUUUUCCAGAUCCAGGUUGGAAAGCAUUCUAUGACUCAGCAACUCCACAUUCCGAGAAAAUGCCCGAUCCUUGGGAUGCUGUGUCGGGUUUAGACAGACUGGUGAUUCUGCGUUGUCUCAGGCCUGAUAAGGUUGUUCCCGCAGUCCAGGAUUACAUCGUGGAGAACAUGGGCCGUUCGUAUAUUGAGCCGCCCACAUUCAACCUUCAACUGAGCUAUAAUGAUUCUCAUUGCUGUGCGCCUCUGAUCUUUGUGUUGUCGCCUGGAGCCGAUCCAAUGGCUGGUCUGCUAAAGUUCGCAAGUGACAAAGGGUUUGGAGGAAACAGAAUUCAAACAAUAUCUCUCGGACAAGGGCAGGGUCCCAUAGCAGCUCGGAUGAUAGAACAGGCUCUAAAGAAAGGUACAUGGGUGGUGCUGCAAAACUGUCACUUAGCAACCAGCUGGAUGUCAAAACUGGAGAAGAUCUGUGAAGACGUCCUUGUGCCUGAUAACACACACAAAGAUUUCAGAUUAUGGCUCACGAGUUACCCGUCACCAGACUUCCCUGUCUCUAUUUUACAGAAUGGAGUGAAGAUGACCAACGAACCUCCAAAAGGUCUGCGCUCGAACUUGUUACGAUCCUACCUAAACGACCCCAUUUCAGACAGGGAGUUCUUUACUGCUUGCAAUAAGCCAGCACCUUGGGAGAAGCUGUUGUUUGGUCUUUGUUUCUUCCACGCCUUGGUGCAGGAGAGAAGGAAGUUUGGUCCCUUGGGGUGGAACAUUCCGUAUGAGUUCAACGAGUCGGAUUUAAGGAUCAGUAUGAGACAAUUACAGAUGUUUUUAAACGACUAUGAUGAAGUGCCCAUGGACGCUCUGACCUAUUUGGUUGGGCAGUGUAAUUAUGGCGGUCGGGUGACUGAUGACAAAGAUCGUCGAUUGUUGGUUUGCCUUCUGUCGAUUUUUAUGUGUGAUGAGAUCAUAGAAAGUGAUGAUCACAGAUUUUCAGACAGCGGUACAUAUUACGCGCCCACCAAGGGAGACUACGAAUCUUACGUGGAUUACAUCCGGGACUUACCUCUCAUUCCUCAUCCGGAAGUGUUUGGUCUCCAUGAAAAUGCCGACAUCACCAAGGACCAGAAGGAAACUCAGGAGUUGUUUGACAGCAUAUUGUUGACCCUGCCCCGUCAGACAGGAGGCGGUGGGAAGUCAUCAGCUGAGGUGAUAGAGGAACUUGCUGCUGACAUCUUGUCUAAGUUUCCUCCCCCGUUUGACAUAGAGAUGGUGAUGAACAAGUACCCUGUGGUUUACGAGGAGUCCAUGAACACUGUGCUGAGACAAGAACUCAUCAGGUUUAACCGACUCACAGAGGUGGUGCGAAGUACGCUCUACAAUCUACAGAAGGCUAUCAAGGGUUUGGUUGUUAUGUCAGGUGAUCUUGAAGACGUGUUUAACAAUAUGUUGGUCGGAAAAGUCCCGGCAGUUUGGUCUGCUAAAUCCUAUCCGUCCCUAAAACCUCUGGGAAGCUAUGUCACUGAUCUGUUGGAAAGAUUAACAUUCUUCCAAGACUGGAUCGACCAUGGCGUGCCUAACGUGUUCUGGGUCUCUGGAUUCUAUUUCACCCAAUCGUUCUUGACAGGCGCCCGCCAAAACUUUGCUCGGAAGUACACUAUUCCUAUUGAUCACGUGGGUUUCCAGUUUGAAGUAACGAAGAGCGAAAGAGAGAUGGAAAACAAGCCUGAAGAUGGGGUUUAUGUAUACGGCCUGUUUUUAGAAGGAGCCCGCUGGGAUAGAGAAAAAAUGGUGGUAUCUGAAUCUCAGCCAAAAAGUUUAUUUGAUACUUUACCUGUGAUGUGGAUCAUUCCUGGCGAAAAAUCCUCUUUCAAACCCAAAGCCACCUACUCCAGCCCAGUGUACAAGACAAGCGCUCGCCGGGGUACUUUGUCCACAACUGGUCACUCGACAAACUUUGUUAUGUACGUGGACCUGCCGUCCAAUAAACCCGAGAGGCACUGGGUCAACAGGGGCGUUGCACUGCUUUGUCAAUUAGAUGACUAGUGAUGAGUGACGGAUCAUUUAUAUCGCUUUAAAUGGCUUCCUCUUUCUUUUCCUUUAUUGUGAGAAUUUUGUUUGGGGAGUGCGCAAUUGAAUUACUGCUUAUUUAUAAAAGAAAUAACUUAUUGUCAUCAAACGAAUCUUAAUGUGAAACAGUUUGAAAUUCAGGUAUAGUGUGAACUUUUUCGGAUUUCUUCUCCUUUGUCUUUUCCCGUUUAAAGUAGCCACAGUAUUUUGAGGAUUUUUUUUCUUUCACAUUAGAAAUCAUACUUUCAUACGUCCUUUUCAGUUUCAAUCAAAGCUUUGCAUACGUAGUUUGAUAUCCUUGUUUAAAGAGUGAAAACGUAUUUAUUGGCAAAAACUGUUGCAGAGCAACAAAAGUAAGGCCUUCUCAGUUGUACAUAGCCAGAGUUAUUUUUAAAAACGCAUGGUAACUUGAGUUAAGAGUUGUUUGUAACUAGACUAAAACUUCAUCCUAGUUUUGUAUUCAGAAGAGUGAGGUAAACCACAAAUAUGUCAUUAAACGAUCAUAGUAAUACACAGAA